AUGUUUCUUAGGUUGGUGGCCGAGAAUGAGAUGGAAGGCCCCAUUUCCUUCCGCCAGCCGCCUUUACCAAUGUACGGAUACCACCCAGCAUCUCCACUCGCCAUCAUCCGUGCCACCCUUCUCUUCCGACGGCGGCGAGGACGACGGACAAGCCGGCGCAAACACUAUUUCCACACUGUCACGGAGACGCAGAGGCAGACGCUCACGCAGGCGCAGAAGGGCAGAGCAGACCCUGAAAAGGGUCGACACGGGCCAAUCACCCCACAAAUACCUUACCCAAACGCCUCCGGGCUCGUCCCGCCUCUCCGUCUCCCCCCUCAUCCAGUGUUCUGGAAGUUCCUGGAGGUUCCUGGAGGUGAGAUGUAUGCAGAUGCAACUACACCACAACCAUGGCGACAACAACCACCACCAACACCACACGAAGCCAUACCGGUGCUUGUGCCUGCGCCUGCGCCUGCGCCGCGCCAACCAACAUCACACGCCUCUCACACACUAAUCGACUUCCUAGCCCCAUUCCCACUUAUCUAG